AUGGAGUCGCGAGCUACGGCAGGGCCUCCUGCAAAGAAGCGGAGGUUCUUUCGAGAUGCAGACGAGGCCUCUGCCGACAGCGGCAGACCAGCCGUCGUCGCCGGCGUGUCCGAGCAGCCCGACAGCCCUGCUGGCAACCUGCGGAAUGACCGUCGUCCCGCUCUCUCCGCGACCCUGGGCAAGUGCGCGGAAAAUGGCAAGCCAAAAGAGCCCCCUGCCGAGGAGCCGUCGCGUGACGAGACUUGCCCGGCCUUUGAUAGGAACUUGUUCGAGAGCCUGGUUGGCGAAAACGUGUGCCACGAGGUGCUCAGCAUCAUCCGCGACACGUGUGGCGACAACCUCGAGGCCGCUGUCAACAUGUACUACGACGGCACCUACAAAAAGCACCAGGCAGAGCAACGACAACAAAAACAACAACCUGCUGGCCAUCCGAGCCAUGGGAAACCGCCGUCAUGCCAGCCCGCGGCGGAUAGGCAGCCAGCCGAGCCCGUCUCGACCAAGACGCGUGGCUCCAUGCCGCGGAAGCGCUACAUCGGCGCCUUUGGCGUGGAAGGCUGGGCCACCCGCAGCGGCACGAACCUCCUGAAGCACGGCGACGUCGUCAAGAUUGAGAGACAGAGGAUCCAGCCCCCGGCCCCCAAACUGAAAGCCAAGCUUGGCGUUUCCAGCAGCACCCCCACGAGGCCGAGCCCCGCCGCGUCGAGGAGGGUCGACGUGAUUGUUCGCUUCACCAACUCGUCCGGGAUGGAGGUUGGCCGGCUGGCCAAAGAAACGGCCAGCUGGGUCUCGACCUUGAUGGAUCAAGACGUGUGCCAUCUCGAGGGAACCUGCGUCUAUGCCCCCGAACGAAUGCGAACCAACGACACCGUGUUUCUGCAGCUGCGGUGUUUUCUGCUGAGGUCGGCCUUUGACAGCCGGCGGCUCGACCUGGCCGAGGAUCGCUCCAGCAGUCUCUUGGACCAGACCGAGACGCAAGAGGAAAAGGAGCUCAGGCUUCGUCAGGUGGCCCUGGUCAGGCUGUUUCAGGAAAUCAAUCUCGAGCCAACGAGGGCCAGCGCGGCGGCCAGGGACGGAAGAAGGGGGCUGCUUCAAGCCGCCGAGAUGGAUGAGCAGAAGCAAAAGGACACGAAACGGGCUCCAGCCGCCGCUGCGGGCAGCGAGUCGGAGCCUGCGCCGCCAACCUCGUCAGACGCCGAGGAAGGCGAGGAACUUGAACAGGACCAGCUGGAUGCCCUGUACAAAAAGGCCCAGUGCUUCGACUUCAACACCCCGGAAGCCGAGCCAGCCGAGAGCUUCGCCAUGACGCUCCGGCCUUACCAGAAGCAGUCGCUCCACUGGAUGAUUGCAAAGGAAAAGGACGACAGGGCCAGCCGCCAGCCGUCCAUGCAUCCACUGUGGGAAGAGUACGAAUGGCCCACCAAGGACGCCGACGAUCAGGCCUUGCCAGAGGUCCAGGGCUUGGCCAGGUUCUACAUGAACCCUUACUCGGGCGAUUUGUCGCUCGACUUGCCCGUCCAGGAGCAGCACUGUCUCGGCGGCGUCCUGGCAGAUGAGAUGGGCUUGGGCAAGACCAUCCAGAUGCUCAGCCUCGUGCACUCGCAUCGACCCGGCGUGGCCCGCGAGGCGGCGCGUGCUCCGCACGGGUCAUCAUCCGCCUCCAACGUCAACCCGUUGACGCGACUGGGUUCCGGUCCGGCGGCGGGCGGCGUCUCGGCCGCGCCUCGCACGACCCUGGUCGUUGCGCCGCUGUCGCUUCUGGCGCAGUGGAGAAGCGAGGCGGAAAGGGCGUCGAAGCAGGGCACCCUGAAGAUUGAGCUCUACUACGGCGGCGAAAAGACGGGCAACCUGCAGGCGCUCUGCAGCAGCUCCAACGCCUCCCAAGCGCCGGACCUCGUCAUCACCAGCUACGGCGUCGUCCUGUCCGAGUUUACGACGCUGGCGGCAGCCAAGAACGGCGGCGGCGGCGGCGGCGGCGGCGGCGGCAGCGACAAGUCGUCCCGCAACGGCCUCUUCUCGCUCAGGUUCUUCCGCGUCAUCCUCGACGAGGCCCACCACAUCAAGAACAGGGCUGCCAAGACGGCCCGAGCCUGCUACGGCAUCUCGGCGGACUGCAGAUGGGUGGUGACGGGCACGCCCAUCGUCAACAAGCUGGAGGACCUGUUCAGCCUGGUGCGCUUCCUGGGCGUGGAGCCCUGGAACAACUUUUCGUUCUGGAGGACCUUUAUCACGGUGCCGUUCGAGACGGGCGACUUCGUCCGGGCGCUGGACGUGGUGCAGACGGUGCUGGAGCCGCUCGUGAUGCGCAGGACCAAGGACAUGAGGACGCCCGACGGGCGGCCGCUCGUGACGCUGCCGCCCAAGCAGAUUGACAUUGUCGAGGUGGAGCUGUCCAAGCCCGAGCGCGACGUGUACGAGCACAUCCACAGCAUGGCCAAGCGCACGCUGUCGAGGAACGUCGAGGCCGGCACCGUCAUGAAGGCCUUUACCACCAUCUUCGCCCAGAUCCUGCGGCUGCGGCAGUCGUGCUGCCACCCGGUGCUGGUGCGCAACCGGGACAUUGUGGCCGACGAGGCCGAGGCCGGGGCGGCCGCCGACGCCGCGUCCGGCCUGGCCGACGACAUGGACCUGGAGGCCCUGGUGGCGCGCUUCACGGCCGCCGCCGCCGCCGACGACGACGACGACAAGGACAAGGACAAGGACAAGGACAACUGUACCUACGGGGCCCACGCGCUCGAGGCGAUCCGCAGCGAGGCCGGCCGCGAGUGCCCGCUGUGCUUCGACGAGCCCAUGAGCGACCAGACCGUCACGGGCUGCUGGCACUCGGCGUGCCGCACGUGCCUCCUCGACUUUAUCAAGCACGAGACGGACCGCGGCGUCACGCCGCGCUGCUUCAGCUGCCGCGAGCCCCUCCGCCCGCGGGACCUCUUCGAAGUGGUCCGCCACCACGACGACGACGGCAGCACCGACGGCGGCGGCGGCGGCGGCAUCAGCCUGCAGCGGCUGGGGCCCAACCACUCGUCCGCCAAGGUGGCCGCCCUGCUGUCCCAGCUGCGCAGCCUGCGCGCCGAGCACCCGCGCGUCAAGUCGGUCGUCUUCUCGCAGUUCACGUCGUUCCUGACGCUCCUCGAGCCCGCCCUGGCGCGCGCCCGCGUCCCCUACCUCCGGCUGGACGGCGCGCUCGCCCAGCGCGCCCGCGCCGCCGUGCUGCAGGCCUUUGCCGACCGCGCCGGCUUCACCGUGCUGCUCGCCAGCCUGCGCGCCGGGGGCGUCGGGCUCAACCUCACCGGCGCGGGGCGCGUCUUCAUGAUGGACCCGUGGUGGAGCUUCGCCAUCGAGGCGCAGGCCAUCGACCGCGUGCACCGGCUGGGGCAGGAGGACCGCGUCGUCGUCAAGCGCUUCAUCGUCCGGGCCAGCGUGGAGGAGAGGAUGCUGCGCAUCCAGGACCGCAAGAAGUUUAUCGCGACGUCGUUGGGCAUGAUGACCGACGAGGAGAAGAAGCUGCAGCGCAUCGAGGACAUCAAGGAGCUGCUUAGCUGA